UUAUAUCUUUAAAAACGAUUAAUUCCCUGUUUUUGAUAAGAUAAUAAUAUAUAGAUUUCUGAUAAGAGAUAUUACAAAAAAUUAUUUCUAUUAUCGGUAAUUCUAGUAUAUCAAACACACCAUAAAUUGAGAAGUUCGCAUUUCUUUAAAUGCGAUUCGGUGGUUAAAAGUCAUUAGCUAUAUGCAUGCAAUAUAAAACGAUCGCAUUGAAAAGAAAGAGUGCUUCUGUUAGUGAGAAUGCUCUUUAUGUUCUCUUCCUGACUUCUUCAAUGCUCUUGCAUACGAAACGUUGCUCUUUUUUUAUUGAGCCGUAUAUAUUUUAUUAUUAUUAUAUUUUAUUAUAUUAUAUUCUUUUAUUUUUCACAAUUAUAUCAUUAAGAUCUUUAAUUUAAGUUAUUUAAUUACAACGUUAAUAAUAUAAUUUACAAUAUUGUGUUGCAUUUACUAUUUGCAUUGAAUAUAAUUGAUUAAAAAAAAGAAUUUUAUUGAUAUUUAUAUACUUUUGUUAAGGCUAGAAUAAAUAGAGUUCAAACACGCGCGAAAAUGAUAAAAUCACAUGUUGCUGAUUUUUUAUUCUUAGAAUUUCCUAUUUGUAUAGAGAUAUUUUCGCAAAAAAGUUUAUGUAUGAAAGUUCAUAACACGAAGUAUUUUUUAAUCAUAGGCGAUAAUACUGUUUAUUAUAUUGUGAAUAUAUCAAAAGCACAUAGAAACAAGAAUCUAUGAUUUUUUUAUUUUCCUUGUUUUGAUAGCUCUUUUUUAUCAAUUACGUCAAUAUGAUCAAUGAGAAAAAAAAACAUAAAUAUAUAUAAAAUUUUUUCUUUCCCAGGUUUUUUGCAUGAUGCAAUACAUAUUUUUACACGAAAUUUCAUGUUCGUUCUUCGAACAAAGAAGAAAGAUUAAUUAUUUCAUAGAAUAAUUUGUCGAAAAUUUCUGACGAUAUGAUAUAUAUGUUUGUGUUUCAAUCAUAAACAAAAUUCUUAACAUAUUACGUGUCAAACAGAAUAUGUAGAUAUAAAACUUAAAAUUCAUAUAAAUUCCGAACAUGUUUACUUAUUUACUUGAAAUUAUUUGAAUUAUAUUAUUACUAUCUCUAUUCAUAAUAUCUAUCAAUUUUCUUUAAUGAAAUUAAAUUAAAAGAUUUUGAAAGAUUUGAGAAUAAAUCAUGAAUAUUCGAUUCUCGGAUAAACAAUGGAUUAUAAACUCAACGAGUCUCGACAAACAUUCAAUUUAUUAGAAAUGUUGAAAUUUUAUGCCAGAUUUGAAAUCAAUGAAGAAAGCGGUGAUCCUCUUACUGAUCAUGAUAUGACACAAUUACAUUAUACCAAGAUUACUUCACUUCAGAAAGCAGUUUUUGCGAAGUUUCCGGAUUUACGAAGUUUUGCAUUGGCGAACGUGGCAAGCGUUGAUACAAGAGAAGCUCUUUAUAAACAUUUUGGUUUACUCAGUCAAGAAAAAUUAAGAUCAAUCGCAAGCUAUCUCAGCUUGGUACCAUCAAAAGAACGCGAAAAAGAAGAGAAUUGGUAUCGAUAUGAUAUAGACUUUCUUCGAGAACUUUUGAUUUCACGUCACGAGCGUAGAGCUUCUCAAUUAGAGGAACUUAAUGAAAUGCCACUUUAUCCAACAGAAGAAAUCAUCUGGAAUGAAAGCAUUGUACCAACAGAAUAUUUUUCUGGCGAAGGUUGUUUAGCUCUGCCAAAAUUGAAUUUACAAUUUCUAACUUUGCAUGAUUAUUUAUUAAGGAACUUCAAUUUAUUUCGACUGGAAUCAACCUAUGAAAUACGACAAGAUAUUGAAGAUGCUGUAAGUCGACUGAGUCCUUGGCGAGCAGAGGAUGGUGGUGUUUACUUUGGUGGUUGGGCUAGAAUGGCUCAACCUAUUACACAGUUUGCUGUAGUUGAAGUAGCAAAACCUAAUAUUGGUGAGAAAAGACCAUCCAGAGUACGUGCUGACGUCACAAUAAAUUUAAGUGUUCGUAAAGAGAUUAAAUCUGAAUGGGAAAAUCUUCGAAAACAUGAUGUUUGUUUCCUUAUUACAGUUAAACCACAAAAUCUAAUUGGUACAAAAUAUAGUCAUAAGUUACCUUUUGUACCACAAGUUGGAUUAACAACUGUUCGAGGGUGUGAAGUUGAAGGUAUGUUAGAUUCAAAUGGUAGAGUAAUUGAAGAUGGUCCUGAACCACGACCGAUUUUACCUGGGGAUACUCGUACAUAUAGAGUUUGGUUAGAUUGCAAUCAAUAUAGAAUCGAUAUGGAUAAUGCUAGUCAUGGUGGUGAAGAUGUAUAUGAAAGUUUUAAUGUCAUAAUGAGACGUAAACCUAAAGAGAAUAAUUUCAAAGCAGUUUUGGAAACAAUAAGAGAACUUAUGAAUACAGAAUGUGUUGUGCCCGAUUGGCUCCAUGAUAUAAUUCUUGGAUAUGGUGAUCCUGGUGCUGCUCGUUAUUCUAGAAUGCCAAAUGAAAUUGCAACAAUGGAUUUCAACGAUACAUUUCUUGACAUAAAUCAUUUAAAAAAUAGUUUUCCUCAAUACGAAAUUAAAAUUUCUACUGAUGAAAAAUCAAAAUUAGUACGACCUUUUCGUUUAACAUUUGAAGAUGUACUUGCUAAACAUAAUAAUGAAUCAAUAAAGAAAGUUAUUAAAGUUGAACCUCAUGUACCACCUAGUAGAGGUCCUUAUAAAGCUAACGAACCAAAAAAAAAUCAAAUUCCUUUUACACCAACACAAGUUGAAGCUAUUCGUGCAGGUAUGCAACCAGGAUUGACGCUUGUCGUAGGUCCACCUGGUACUGGAAAAACAGAUGUUGCUGUUCAAAUUAUUUCAAAUCUUUAUCAUAAUUUUCCUAAUCAAAGAACACUUAUAGUUACACAUUCUAAUCAAGCACUUAAUCAACUUUUUGAAAAAAUUAUGGCACUUGAUAUUGAUGAAAGACAUUUAUUACGUCUUGGUCAUGGAGAAGAAGCACUAGAAACUGAAAAAGAUUUCAGUAGAUAUGGUAGAGUUAAUUACGUUUUAGCUAAACGUUUGGAUCUUUUAAUGGAAGUUCAAAGAUUACAGGAAUCUUUAAAUGUUAAAGGUGAUGUAGCUUAUACAUGUGAAACAGCAGGACAUUUUUUUAUGUAUCAAAUAUUAACAAGAUGGGAACGUUUUGAAACAAGAAGUAAACAAAGACAAAAAACAGAAAAUAAUUCUGCUUUCAUUAUAGAUGAAGAAUUUUCAUUUCAUAAAUUCUUUGAUAAUGCACCAAAACCAUUAUUUAAACGAAAUACUUUUGAAGAAGAUUUUGAAAUUGCAUGUAGUUGUUUCCGAUAUAUAGAGCGAAUUUUUGCCCAAUUAGAAGAGUUCAGAGCUUUUGAAUUAUUAAGAUCUGGUUUAGAUAGAUCAAAAUAUUUAUUAGUUAAAGAAGCAAAAGUUAUUGCUAUGACUUGUACUCAUGCUGCCCUUAAAAGACGUGAACUUGUAGAUAUGGGAUUUAAAUACGACAAUAUUCUCAUGGAAGAAUCUGCUCAAAUUUUAGAAAUUGAAACUUUUAUACCAUUGCUAUUACAGAAUCCUCAAGAUGGAUAUAAUCGAUUAAAACGUUGGAUAAUGAUAGGAGAUCAUCAUCAAUUACCACCAGUUAUUAAAAACAUGGCCUUUCAAAAAUAUUCAAAUAUGGAACAAUCUCUUUUUGCAAGAUUUGUCCGAUUAGGUGUUCCUACAGUUGAUCUUGAUGGUCAAGGUCGUGCAAGACCUAGCAUUUGUAAUCUAUAUAACUGGCGUUACAAGAAAUUAGGUAAUCUCGUGCAUGUGGAAAAUAGUCCAGAAUACUUAGUAGCAAAUGCUGGAUUUUUAUAUGAUUUUCAACUUAUUAAUGUCGAAGAUUUCAAUGGAGUGGGUGAAAGUGAACCCAGUGCUUACUUUUAUCAAAAUCUUGCUGAGGCUGAGUAUUGUGUAGCCGUAUUUAUGUAUAUGCGUCUUCUUGGCUAUCCAGCUGAUAAAAUAAGUAUAUUAACUACUUAUAAUGGACAAAAGCAUUUAAUAAGAGAUGUAAUAAAUAUAAGAUGUGCUAGCAAUCCUUUAAUAGGUAGACCAAAUAAAGUAACAACGGUUGAUAAAUAUCAAGGUCAACAAAAUGAUUAUAUAUUAUUAUCUCUUGUAAAAACACGAGCUGUAGGUCAUUUACGAGAUGCACGACGAUUAGUAGUUGCUAUGUCAAGAGCACGUCUUGGUCUUUAUGUUUUUGCUAGAGUGUCUCUUUUUAAAAAUUGUUUCGAAUUAACACCUGCAUUCGCUCAAUUAAUGCAACGGCCAUUAAAACUACAGCUUCUUCCUCAAGAACAUUAUCCUACAGAAAGACUUAACAAUACUAUUCCCUCAAGUUCACCAAUGGAAAUUGAAGAUAUGCCACAUAUGGCUAAAUUUGUCUAUGAUUAUUAUAUAGAAAAAGUUAGUGGUAUGAAGGAAUCACAAAAAGUGUGGCAAAAACCAGGUAUGGUGCAAACACCCAAUAAUCCAUCUUAUAAAAUUUCUACUCAUCCUGGAGCAGAUGAUGAUACAGACGAUGAGGAACUUAAUCAAAUAGAUGAUGAACAGGAAAAUGUCAAAGAAGAAAAUAGAGAACUAAAAUUUGAAAUAAUUAAAAAUUUAGUCGAAGAUUUAACUUCAGAAAAUGAAGAUAAUGAUUAAGAGCAAAUCCAUAUAUUCAUAAAGAUAAAGUAAUAAUAAACAAAUAUUUUUAUUGAAAA